CGUUUUGAACCGGUCCUGCGGAAUGGGCAGCGCUGUUGGCCGGGCUUUAAAAGCCUUGGCCAAGAGCGAGUAGCGCUCAGUUAAGAGUCGAACGUCGAGCGCACAGCAGCUCCCCAAAAAAUAUUCAACAAUUUAUUUGCAGCCGACCUCAGUAAGGCAAACUCAAGUUGGGCAAAGAUUUAGUUCGAAACGGAAACAAAGCUCGACAAGUGCAAAUAAUUAAAAGCAGUUAACUAAAGUGCACGUCUUUCACUAAUAAAGUUCACUUCAUCGCAAACACUUCGAAAAACCAAAAUGAGCCAUUUACCCAUAAAAAACACUAACCUAUCCAAACAAGCUAAUGGCAAUGGUAAAGCUAACAAUUUGGAAGAUAAGCUGGAUCCCAAGGUUUCGAUCGACAUGGAGGCCCCAGAGUUUAAAGAUUUUGCCAAGACAAUGGUCGAUUUUAUUGCCGAAUAUUUGGAGAACAUACGCGAAAGACGCGUUCUGCCGGAAGUGAAGCCCGGGUACUUGAAGCCCCUGAUUCCGGAUGCCGCGCCCGAGAAGCCGGAGAACUGGCAGGAUGUGAUGCAGGACAUCGAGCGGGUCAUCAUGCCGGGAGUGACCCACUGGCACAGUCCCAAGUUCCAUGCCUACUUCCCCACGGCCAACUCAUAUCCAGCGAUUGUGGCCGACAUGCUGAGUGGUGCGAUUGCCUGCAUAGGAUUCUCCUGGAUCGCCAGUCCUGCCUGCACGGAACUCGAACUGGUCAUGAUGGAUUGGCUGGGCAAGAUGCUGGAGCUGCCUGCGGAAUUCCUGGCCUGUUCGGGCGGCAAGGGUGGCGGUGUCAUUCAGGGCACGGCCAGUGAGUCCACUUUGGUUGCUCUCCUGGGAGCGAAGGCCAAAAAGGUGAAGGAAGUGAAGGACCUGCAUCCGGAGUGGGAUGAGCACACCAUCCUGGGCAAACUGGUGGGAUACUGCUCCGAUCAAGCUCACUCCUCCGUGGAGCGGGCUGGUCUCCUCGGAGGCGUCAAGCUGCGUUCCGUGAAAUCGGAGAAUCACAGGAUGCGUGGUGAUGCUCUGGAGAAGGCCAUCGAGCAGGAUCUGGCCGAGGGCUUGAUACCCUUCUAUGCCGUCGUGACCCUCGGCACCACCAACUCCUGUGCUUUUGAUUUCCUGGAUGAGUGUGGACCCGUCGGCCUGAAGCACAAUGUGUGGAUCCACGUGGAUGCCGCCUAUGCCGGAUCCGCUUUCAUCUGUCCCGAGUACCGUCACCUGAUGAAGGGCAUUGAGGCGGCCGAUUCGUUCAACUUCAAUCCGCACAAAUGGAUGCUGGUGAACUUUGACUGCUCGGCCAUGUGGCUGAAGGAUCCCAGCUGGGUGGUGAACGCCUUCAGUGUGGACCCGCUCUACCUGAAGCACGAUAGCAAGGGAACUCUUCCCGACUAUCGCCACUGGCAAAUCCCCCUGGGUCGUCGUUUCCGCGCCUUGAAGCUCUGGUUUGUCCUCCGUCUGUACGGCGUGGAGAAUCUGCAGGCCCACAUCCGCAGGCAUUGCAAUUUUGCCCAGCAAUUCGCUGAUCUCUGCGUGGCGGAUUCCAGAUUUGAACUGGCCGCCGAGGUUAAUAUGGGAUUGGUCUGUUUCCGAUUGAACGGCAGCAAUGAACAGAACGAAGCUCUUCUGAAACGAAUCAAUGGACGCGGCAACAUCCACAUGGUCCCAUCCAAGAUCAACGAUGUGUACUUCCUGCGCAUGGCCGUGUGCUCACGAUUCACCCAGACCGAGGACAUGGAGUACUCGUGGAAGGAGGUCAGUGCGGCUGCCGAUGAAAUGGAACAGGAGCAGUAAAGUGGAGAUGAAGGUCUGUUCCGUGUUUUACAUGGAAAAUCAAAUAGAAGAAUUUCAUUAUUAUUAGAUGUUUACAAAUGGACCAAUAUAUCCAAGAUACUUUAAAGUAAAAUAUUGAUUGAUAUGUUAAACCGGAACAGAUACUCAGCUAUAUUCCAAUUGCGACAUGUUUAGGGAAUUUACAUCGCAACAAUAGAUGGCAGGACUCGCCUUCCUUCAUCGCUACAUUAGACUUUUAGUGUCCUAUCAUCGUAUCGUAUCGUUGAUGUUGUUAAUGCUUUUAUUGUUAACGUUCUACGCCUAAUUAAAACAUAUGUAUUCUGCUUAAAAAUACAACAAAAUGUAACUAUAAA